UCACCCGUCAUGUUACCGUGAACGAUAAUAAAAUGAUGGGAUUUUAAUGUAUUUUUAAAUAAGACUGCUUAAAAAUUCGAGUAUAAAUUGGGCACUGUAAUGGUACACCGUUUGAAAACAAUCCUCUAACAUGGACCGGUACGUGUCACUUCUUGGUGUGAUGUUUCUUGUAGUGGUAAGUAACGUCCAGUGUAGUAAGCGUUACGAAACUCUCGGUACUAAUAAUUCGAAUAUGCAGACGGUGGAACAGGCGAUGGGCCAUCUACGGCCGGAUCCGCUUGGAUGUCACAAUGGUACGAAGGCUACCGUGGAUGAGUGCUGCCCGAUACCGGUACUUGCUGAUAAGGCCAUCAUGGAGAAGUGUAAAUCCGAACAUCCGUUCAAGCCACCGAAGAAAGAUCCUAAGGAACACGGUACCCAUCCAGGAAUGUGUAUCGCCGAAUGUAUCCUGAAGGGUAUGGGUGCCCUGAAGAAUGGACAGAUUGAUGCGGCUGGGUUUAAGAAAGCAAUCGAACCAGUCGUCAAAGCCAAUCCAACCUUUGCACAGGUGAUUGAUGAAACACUUAAAACGUGUGAACAGCGUACUAACAUGGACACCGGAUUUUCCAUGAAUCCGAAUAAUGCUUGCAAACCUGAUGCAAAGUUCUUCGUUAACUGCGUGUAUGGGACAUUGUUUGAGCAAUGUCCACCGACUGUCUGGACGAAGAAAGUUGAAUGUACACAGUUGAAGGACAAGAUAAAGAAAGGUUGCCCAUACUUUGCCAUGCGCAACGGUCGUCGUAUGCGUCCGACCUAAAUGGUACCUCGGUACAUGAGAACGCACAUCAUCGUUAGAAUUGCAAAACAGGUGACAAAAAGGCUUAAGAACGAUAAAUAAUAAACCAGAAGCAAUCAAUGAUGCAAGCUGUGUGAGUUCGGCUCCCGCUUAACACAACACAAUGGCUCUGUUCGUUAUCAGGAUAAUCGUAAUUGUUUAAAUUAAUAAAUCCGACAAAUGACACUCACAAUGGUGAGGUAAAUUGCUCCGGUAGUUUAAAUUAAACUAGGCUCCAAGGUCAGACG